AAGUGAUUGAUAAUGAAUCGUCUACGUGCCAUUGAUGUGUUUGAAGAAGUAAAAAACAGUUGUGCUACAGGACAGGAAUUUUGUCUAAAGCUGUAUCAGAGUCACGUGAUGAUUCAACAAAGAUUGCCAAAACUUGACAAGUAUGAAGACACAACAACAGUAAAGUUGGAAAGUGAACCUUGUUCACCAAGUCAGCAGGGUAGAUUUCAUGCGAAAGAAAUUAAAUUGCGAAUUGCAAGUGAACAGUACCAGCGAAAGAGUGCGAAGAAGAAGAUGGAAUAUUUGGAGAGCAGCAUGUUUUCGCUCGAGAAUGGGAAUGGAAGAUUUAAUCCAGACAACUACAAGUCUAAGCAAAUCAAGGGAGGGUCUUGCCGUGUACAAACAGUCACUGAGUCCUUCUAAAGACGCCCGGAUACGUCAGAUUUUACAACCACUCUGUGACACUUACUUUAAACAUCAGGAAAGCAAAUUCAUUCAUGCUUUAUAAAUUGU